AUGAUGGCGGUGCGUGAACGCGCAGUAAAAGUAAUGGCUGCUCUGGAUCGGCGGGUGCCUAGCCUCGAUGAUUUUGUGGGUCAAAGCUGGACUGCCUGGGCCGAAUGGGCAGGUGUGACAGCGGCGGAUGGGCCUGAUGGGGAUGAGUGCAGCAAGAAUGGCAAAAAGGCUGCAGAGGCUAUGUCACUCAGUAAGGAGGACAUGUCAAUAUUUGGCCUAUACCCCGGCCAUGAUGACUUCUACCUGGUGGUGUGCAGCCAUUGUGGCCAGGUAGUGAAGCCACAAGCGUUCGAAAAGCACUGCGAGCGACGACACGGCCCUCUUGCGAAGCUGUACGCCCAACUGCGCUCUCCCACCUCUGCACCCCAGCCCCAGCCGAGGGCCCACCACGGACAUUCCCCUUCCCAUGGGACAAAUGCUUCUUCCGCUUCAUCCUGGGAAGGUCGCGGCCAGGCGGUCGACAAGCCUCGGGCGGCCCCACCUUCGCCUUCCACUCCGCCCCAGCACAGACACUCCAAGAACUCCAAGGAUGGAGUACGACAUUCCCCGCUGGAGAAGUCCUCCCACAGCGUCCACACAGAGUCGUCAGUAUUCAAGCAGCCGCCGCCUCUGGAACCUUCAAUGAGCUCGCCACCGCCAUCACUCAGAGAUCCGCCCUGGCCGCACGGAGGCACCCCGCCUGGUAGGCCUUCGCCCAAUGACCAGUCCCCCACCCACACCCAGAGGAAGGACUCCCCCCUGGGCUCUGCAGUGCUAAUCCACCGGAUCCCCAGACCCUACAACAAAGUGGCCUCCAAGAGAGAGUGUGACUUGGACAAACACUGCGGCGUCCUUGACCCGGACAGGAAGAAGGUCUGCACUCGCCUCCUGACAUGCAAUAUCCACUCCAUUCACCAGCGGAGGAAAGUGAUGGGCCGCAGUAAAAACUUUGACCAGCUAGUGGCGGAACUGAAGACCAAAGUUCGUGAGAAAGGGUCCCUGUCCCUGGAAGGGGGUUCCUCUGCUGGACGAUCCCCCAGCCCGGAGGCCCCCAGGGAGCAGGCUGGGGCCCCACACUGCAGGAGGCCUCUGGCCAGCCUCCCUGCUUUCAGUCGGUCUUCUGCCUUUUCGGAGAGCAACAUAGAGGAGGAGCAUCAAGAGGAGCGAAGUCCCCGAGCUCCCUCGCCUCUCGUUCAUGGACGAAUCUCCAGUGAUGAAAGUGAGGCAGAAGGACCCGAGGAGCCUGUUGCGUUUCCAUCUUCUGCUGCACAUCCCAGACCAAUGGCGGUAUGUUCGUUUGGCAGCCACGCACUGGGUCACGGCAUCUACACGUUUGACAGGAGACUUCAUCACUUGCGGUCGGCCCUCAGCAGCAUGCUGGAGCAGCACAUCAGCGCCCAUCUUUGGAAGAAAAUACCUCAAGCCACAGAACUUCGAUCUCCGCCUUCCUCAGCCAAGACCAUCACUUCGUCAUCUCCUUCCUCCACUUCCUCUUCGUCAUUACAUUCCAAGGUUCGGACGGGAAGUCACAUCAGCUCCUCCCUCAAAACUGCAUCCUCUUACUCCUCUUCGAGUCGUGGUCCAGGGAGAGGCCCGGCAGCCAUACAGUCGGAGAACUCCGGGGGCAGUGGGAGCAGCAUCGGUGGUGGUCACAUGCCGUCUCCGGGUAAGCCGUGGGCGGGGCGUCAGGUGGGUCUCGGGCGACCCAGGAACCCUGUGGGGCGUCCCAGCAAGCAGAUGCUGAAGCUGCGAGAGGAGGCUGCCGCCGCCGCCGCCCUCCGAAAGCGGAAGGCCCCGUCACAGGAGGGGGAACACUCAGGCCCCGAAAGGAACUGCAUCAUCCUCCAGGACCGGGGCCGUCCCCUUUCCGCUGCCUCUUCUUCCUCCUCCUCCUCUUCCUCCUCGUCCUCGUCGUCGUCGUCGUCCUCCUCAUCUUCUUCUAAACCGGCCAUUUCCUCCCCUCUCCCACACGGACAGACCAAUGGCACGCUUUCCCCCAGCAGAAAACCCCGCCCCCAGCCCUCCCCUUCAGAGUCCCAUUCACCGGCCGCCAAGGCGGUCUGGACAUACAGACGGACACACACUCCUCUGGGCCACUCAUCAUACCCAGACCCCUCCUCUGCCACCAACAACUCUCACAGCAGGGGCGGUGUGGGGGACUCAGGACUGCACGGGCAGGGCAGUGGGAGGGGCUUUGAGCACCAGGGGCUUGUGAAGAAACGCAAGGGGGGCGGCAUGGAGGAGCAUUCGCCGUCCUCAAAACCCUCAGCGCACCGCCUGCCCUCCUCUUCUUCCAGCUCUGCCACCACCUCCUCCUCUCCGCGCUCUAACUUUUACCCCUGGAAGGACAGUAAAAGCGGGGGGAUGGCUGGGGGCGUGGAGAAGAAACUGGGCACACAGAAGGUGAGUUAGGAGCCGAGAAAAGCCGGAAAGGGACGUCUCAACACCAGUAUACCUAGCCAAAACUGCACCAUUAAGUGUGCCUGCCUUACAAGCCACUAGGAGGGAGCCAGCUCCGCUCAGUCCAAGACUGAGGCAACAGGACGUGUGUACGUGUGUGUGUAUGUAUGUAUGUAUUUGUGUGUGUGUGCACGCUCACAGUUAGUGCAGUGUGGAUCUGUUGGUUUGUGUAUGUGAAUCACAGCUGAGUGUGUCAGUCUGUGUGAAUGUCUGAGGGAGAACGGGGUGGGAUGAAAUUCUGAAUAUGGAUUUAGAAAUACCUCAAGACCAUCUGGUUAUGCUGCUAAAUUGAAUAUGUUGGUUUAUAAAAAUGGAAUAAAAUGUCCUUUACAUGUGG